AGGCCAGCGGCAUGCGGAUGUGUUUUAGCGGUUACGCGGCGGUUUUACCUGAUCUCGAGUGCUCCUGCGGGAUGAUACGUGAACAAGGUGAAAGAAGAGGAAGAAUUGGGUCGUAGAAGGUGAUACGUUGAGUCACAGGUUAACGGCAAUGUGGAGCAUUGUAACUCCGGAAGAUGUUGGCGUUAAGAACUCAGCCCCAUCUGCUAGGGCCAAACACAGCGCGACGUUGGUUGGAGACCACGUCUACCUUUUGGGAGGCAGGAACGGGAACUUGCCCAUGCGAGAUUUCUGGAAAUAUCACCUAGUUACGGGUAAGUGGACCCAACUUCAACCAUCUGGCGACAAGCUGCCAUGUCUUCAAGAACACACUGCGGUUGUUUACAAAGACUGCAUCUACGUCUUCGGAGGAGAAGUAGGAUUCUCCGCAGCUACAGAAACACCUCUGUGGGUGUAUGACAUCAAGGCGAAUUCUUGGAAGAAAAAACGUACCAAAAAAGGUGUAACCACGCCGAAAGGGAGGAGAGGCCAUACUGCUUUGGUUUACAAUGGGUCAAUGCUCAUAUAUGGCGGAUAUCAGGACCUGAAAGGAUCUUGCAACGAAUUGUGGGCAUAUCACUUCGAUACCGACUCCUGGCACCUGCUGUCGCCCUCAACCUCAACGCACUGCUCUUCCUCCUCAACAUGUCCUCCCUCGCGUCACAAGCACUCCGCGGUCUUCUCCGACGGCUGCAUGUGGAUUUUCGGAGGCAUGACCGACCUCCAGGCACGUAGCGACCUCUGGCGAUGGGAGGCGGGACCUGGAAGAUGGAGAGCGGUGAAGCCCAAAACUGGACCUGGACCACUGUAUGGACACGCCGCUUGCGCGCUAUACAAGUCUAUGUAUGUUUUUGGAGGGGAGAGGGGUGGAGAGCCGUGCGACGAGCUGUGGAGGUUCAGUUUCGCAUUCGAAACGUGGGAAAGAAUCAACAUAGCAGGCCUGAAACCGCAGCCCAGAGCAGAGUCUAUUGCUCUGACAAUAUCAGAACUCCAUCUGAACAGUCCUACCAAUACAGCAGAUCACAGGUCUGUUAAACUGCGGGGUAGAGUUUCGUCUGCAGACAGAGGAAACCGGCAUUCAUCUUACCUUCCAAGCAAUAAGGUUGCGCCUUGUGAAACCACCUAUAUGGUCCGAGAGUCUGAUGUAGAUAAUGAAAACCAGCAGGACUCCAGAACCCGAGGCUUCCUGCAGGAAAUCACGAGGCUGUCUCAAAACAUUCCAGUGCUGAGCAGUAGAUGCAGUUACACUGUCCUAACUGCCUGUCAAGGAGAUAGCACCGAAAGUCUUCUUCGGCAACACGCUAGUCCUCAGGAGGUGAUUGAUACGUCGGAAACGACUGUUGCUACGCCAUCUAGAGGUACUAUGGUGAAAUCAAAGUCAGCCUACGUGAUAAAGAAGAAAUACUCAGACACGUCUCCAACGCGAGACGACACAAAACUUCCAACAAAAAAAGGGUCGAGUUCGAUUCAACCGCGGUGGUGCUUCCACGGGAACCAAUUUCAGUGCCAAACUUCAGCCUGUUGACUCUGCCGACUCCAGUAUUAACGCCCGUAGAAGCCACAAAGUUGGUGUAUCUGGAUAGCGAAGAAGAGAGCGAAUUGUUGGGCGAAGAACGGAAGCCAAAGAAAGAAAAGGUGGAAAAAAGACAUAAGAGAAGACCCUGAAGAUACUUUCGAUGGCUUCAAACCUAUAUCGAGGGGUGAAAGUUACUCUUCUCAUCUAGGUUAUGCUGAUAACCCGCUGUAUCAGCAAAUGGUGAGGGGUUCUAUGGAAGAAAAGUCCGAAGAGAAUGUUUCUUCAACGUCAGAUUAUGCCAGUUUGGAAACUAUGAAUCGCUUGUCAUCUGCCAGUAACUACAGUGUGAAAACCAACACGAUCUACGAGGACAACCAGAAAAAUAGAGAACGCAACGAAUCAGGUCCAUACGGAUUCUGCAAUCCGAAUUACAUGGGUCCAGUCAUAGACAAGAAAAACGCUGUCACCAUGCUAGGCAAACAAGCCAAAACAUCGGACGACGAAGAAAUCCUGGAGCUCCAAAACUACGACGGUAUCAUCAGCAAAAACACCUCUGUGUUGUAUAAAACCAGCAACAGGUCUUCCAGACCUCCCAAGUCCUUACCGUUAGAUAAAGUGGAGACGCAGAACAGGAUGAAUAUCGAUAAACUUAGGGCGCUUAGUGCCAGUAGGGUAGAAAGAAAUGUCAGAAUAGUUAGUGCAAAGGAUAGUGAAUGCAAUUCGAAGGAUAUUUCGGUGUACAUUUAUAUUUUUGGCGGGAAGGAGCAGGGACAAGUAACGGUGUUUCAGAGACCGAUAUCUAUUUGGAGGUUGAAGUUGGUCUAAUUUUGAGUUCUCGUAAAGCGAUAUACUAAGUAUUUUAUUUUUGGUGCAGGUGCCUCACAACCUCAGAGCUGGCAAACAUGUUUCCAUCAGGAUACUUACCUCUUCCCUACUAAUCUCUAUGCUUCUUAAUACAUCGGAUCUUUCAAGGAAUAAUAAUACCUUUGUGUGUCUUUUCUUGUAAUGGUCUAAAAGCUCAGAACAAGGAUCUUACUUUCCUUAGCAUUUUACGAGAUAUCGCAGUACUAGCUCUCCCAGAAAUAAAAUGGUUAGUAUCUCUCGUAUCCAAACUUUCACAGGAUUUUAAAUGUGAUUUGAAGUAGUCACGCGUGCCAAAUAUUUCAAACUAGACGGUAGUGUCGUAGACCUUAGACACAAUUUAAUUUCUGUACAGGGUAGCUAUGAAGCAGACCUUCUCCUAUGUGAGCAAAACGUACGCAUGUCACAUAGCGGAGACGACACAAGGUACUCAAGAGAUGGUCAACUGAUUAUGCAUGAUUUUAAGCCAAGCUUAAGAACCAGAAUUGUUGGCAUGCAUUCUGCAAUUGCAAGCUUUGAAUAUCAAAUCAGAAGACUAGCAUAUUUAUGGCAUCAACUUGACUGCUGAGUAUAUCAUAUUGCCUACUUUUCCAUCUCCUACGUUCAUUUUUUUUUGUGAAAUCGAGAAAAUAAUUUAUUUAGUGAAGUUUCAGGUAAUACUUCCCCAGCUCAAGUUACGUAUCUUCCAGUUACUUUGCUCAAUUUAACAUAGCAAUAUUUUUAUGAAAGAUUGCUCACAUUUGAAGAGUAUUGAAACGUUUUCACAUCAGACAUUCCACUUAAUUUUUUGUGACAUGCUCAGCAUCUUAAGGCCUUGAUCGGAUUAAUCAAAACUAUUUUUUUUUUAGUUUCAUUGCCCUAUUUUCUUGUUUUUCCUCAAUGUUGACACUCAAUUAAUAUAUGGAACUAUCUACUAAAGACGCGUUCUUAAUAAUUGUUCUCAAGGAGAUUGGUACAACUGAUACAACCUCAUCCUUGUCUUUACAUCCGUUCAUUCUUCUGAACAAUUGAUCCAAGAUAUGUUGCAUGAUUUAUAUUAGUUCUUAGUUAUUAGUUAUUUCCAUGUUUCUCUCAAU